AGCAGUACGGAAGCGUUGAAGUGAAGUUAGCCUUUAGCAUUAUCACUGCAGCCGCUGAGAUGUCAUCUGUAUUAAGACACUCUGCGAAAUUCACAACCUCUGGUUUUUUCUCACUGCUGUCUGGAAACUGCAGUCAUGGAAGGACCUCCGCUUUGCCAUACUUGUUAUCUAAGAACAGAUAUUCAUCCUCUCCAAAAAUUAAAGUUGAUCUGGACAGCAAUAACGGUGUUGCUGUAAUGCAGUUUCAGAGCCCUCCGGUCAACAGCCUCAGUCUUGACUUUUUGACUGAGUUUGCCAUCAGUUUAGAAAAACUUGAGCUGGACAGAAGCUGCAAAGGAGUGAUCAUAACUUCUGCCCAGCCAAAGGUUUUCUCUGCUGGCCUAGAUAUUUUGGAAAUGUUUCAAAAGAGCCCUGAACACUGUGCAGAAUUCUGGAAGGCGGUGCAGGAAAUGUGGUUGAAGCUUUAUGGAUCCAACAAGGUCACCAUCGCCGCCAUUAAUGGAUCCAGUCCUGCAGGUGGCUGUCUGUUGGCUAUGUGUUGUGACUACAGGAUCAUGGCUGAUAACCCUCGAUAUAGCAUCGGCCUCAACGAAACACAGCUAGGGAUAGUAGCACCCUUUUGGUUUAAAGACACCAUGGCAAACACAGUGGGCCACAGAGAAACAGAGAAGGGUCUUCAGCUUGGUUUGCUGUACAGUGCUCCUGAAGCCCUAAAGAUUGGUCUGGUGGAUCAGCUUGUUCCUGAGGACCAGGUUCUCAGCACAGCCACUGAGACCAUGACAAAAUGGUUGGCAAUCCCAGAUCACGCUCGCCAGAUAACCAAGUCCAUGAUGAGAAAACCCACAAUAGACAAACUUCUAGCAAACAAAGAACCCGACAUCAAACAAUUUGUCAAUUUUAUAACCAAAGACUCCAUCCAGAAAUCUAUUGGGAUGUACUUGGAGAUGUUAAAGAGGAGAAAGUCAUAAGGAGCUGAACGAGUUACAAGUGUGCCUGUAAGAAACCAGUGUCGUUGUACAUUACACGGUUCAUUUUCUUUUGUUAAUAGCAUAUAUAUGGACAGCUUUGGUGUUUGAAUGCAAAUAAAGAAAUAAAAUCUAAAAAAGGUC